UUAUUCUUUUUAUUUCAAGAACUCCUCUGCAUCUUCAUCUUCAUAUCCAUAUUCACAAUGGCAGACGUAAUGUCCCUCUUCUCCCUAAGCGGGAAAACCGCCCUCGUCACUGGUGGAACACGAGGUAUUGGCCAAGCUAUGGCCUUUGCCCUGGCUGAGGCCGGCGCCGACAUUAUCUUGAUCCAAAGAGACACAACCAACACAUCAACCAAGGACGAGAUCAUUAAUCGCCUUGGGCGUAAGGCAUGGAUCCAUGUCGCCGAACUUGGGGAUCGGCAAGCCGUCAAAGGCAUCAUCCCCGCAUUGACUAGCCAGGGACUGAAGCCGGAGAUUCUGGUGAACUGCGCAGGGAUCCAGCGGCGACACCCUGCCGAAAAAUUCCCGGAUGAGGACUGGGACGAGGUCUUGGAAAUCAACCUUUCCUCCGUGUUCAUCAUGUGCCGAGAAUUCGCUGCAUAUCUGUUGGCUCGCGACGCCUCUGAAUUCCCACAUGGUCGCCGAGGCUCCAUCAUUAAUGUCGGGUCUCUGCUCACCUUCCAGGGUGGUAUUACAGUCCCCGCUUAUGCGGCAUCCAAGGGUGGCAUCGGGCAGUUGACCAAGGCGCUAUCGAAUGACUGGAUCGCCAAGGGAAUCAAUGUCAAUGCGAUUGCGCCUGGUUAUAUUGCUACCGAUAUGAACACCGCCCUUAUCAACGAUGCUGACCGCAAUGCCGGCAUCAUGGCACGCAUCCCUGCUGGCCGAUGGGGAAACCCUGAAGAUUUCAAGGGCGCUGUGGUGUAUCUGGCUAGUCGGGCUAGCAGCUAUGUGUCUGGCGAGAUUCUCACAGUUGAUGGUGGAUGGAUGGGACGGUAACAUCGUGGAAAUGAAUAUAACGUAAAUUAUUUUCGAAUAGAUUGGAC